UCUUGCCAUUCGCAUCGUGUCCGCGGAGUUUUACGGUGAAGAUUACCAGUGCUAUAUUUUUUCCAGUGAGCCAAUCGUCAAAUUUGCAUACGUCUUUCGCAAAGGAGAUCCUUGAGAAAAACCCACGCCUGAACCGGAAAGAUAUGCAAAUAUGGACUUCCACAUACUGAUCGUCAUCGGUUGUGUGUUCAGCGCCUCGCUGCUCUCGUUCCUGUUUAUCAACAAGAUCUUCCGGCGGAAGACUUUCGAGGAGGUGGUGGCCGAGAAGCGUGCUUUGAGUGCCAAUCUCUACAAGGCAGCCGGUGGAGCGGCUACCAAGAAGCCCAAGAAGAAGGAACUCAAACGCGAGAAGAAGCAACGUCAGAGGGAACAGCAGCGGGAUGUGAACAACGAACCGGAACCUGAAGAGCCCGAGGACUUCUCCGACGGUCAGUCCGAGGGCCAGGGAUCGGUUGCUGAUGAGGAACCUGGUCUGUCCAAGCAGCAUGUUGAGUUCGAACCCGAUGCAGAGAUCCUGAAUGAGCAACGUCGACCCAGUAGCGUUGCCGAAAAAGAGAAUCAGCCGUCCGUUGCUGGCAAAAAAGGCAAAAAGGAUAAGCGCAACGGCGCUGGCAAUAAGACCGCCGGUAUCCUGGUUAACAAAAACGAAACUGUGGUCGUCAAAGCUCCAGUCAAUUCCGAGGAGACACCCUCUUUGAAUAACUUUGAGACCAAGGUACCCAAGGAUGUGGUGGAACUUAAGAAACAGGAGCAAAAGGAGCGCAAGGAGGAUAACAAUAAUAAGCAGCAAACCCAGAAGAAGAAUGGUGGUGGUAGCGUGGCCAAAAAGGAGAAGCCAGCAGCUGGCGAAGCUGAGGCACCUGUUGUGGCCAAACAGAUUCUCAAGCAACAGCAGAAUGGUUCGCCCAAAACCCAGCACAACCAGGCCAACAACAAGACCAAGCAACAGCAGCAAAACAAAAAACAAAAUCAGAAGGAAACCCUCACAGCCAAGGAUUUGGCUCAGGCCUUGGAUAAACUGGCCGAUCACCAGAACCAGACCAUUGGCGUCAAUGCUCUGAUGAAUGUGUUUUCCCGUGCCGAGCUAAAUCGGUCUGAGAUUCAGAUACUCAUCGACUAUCUGCUGAACAAGCAACAAGAUAUGCCCUCUUCGCAUUCGGAAUGGUCGGAUGACAUCUGCCAGAAGCUCAAGCGGCAACUGGAGGAAAAGGAAAAGUUGCUCGCCGAGGAGCAGGAGGCCUCCAUUGGCAUCCAGGCCAAGCUGCGCGAGCUGCGUCAGGAGGUCAACACGGAGCGCGCCCAGAUGCACGCCCGCAUCCAGGCCUACAACGAUAAGUUACAGGGCAAAGAGCAGGAGCUGUCUGCCCUUAACCAGGAGUUGUCCAGUCUGAAUGACAAGUUGGCGCUCGAGCGACAGCAGUUCCAGACACUCUUGAGAGAGAAGCAAGCCAACUCGCAGGAUCUUGUGCAGUUGCAGCGCCUGCAACAGGACCUUGCUCACAAGGAGAAGUGCCUGGCGGAGAUGACCGCGUUCGUCAACGCAGAGACCCAGCAGAAGAACGAGGUGAUCCAGCAGCAGGCGCAGCAACUGCAGGCCCUAGAGCUGCAACGCGACGAGCUUGAAGCGCGUCAGAAUAACAGCAUCUUUGAGCUGGAACAGCGCAAACAGUUGGAGGCAGAGACCGCCGACCUCAAGCAGGAGUUGUGCGCCGUCGCGCAGGCGCAGUCGGAGCUACAGCGCGUCCACGCCGCCGAGUUGCAAGAGCUGCGCCAGCAGGCGUCCACCCUGGAGACCAGUAACCAGGCCCUUAGCCUGCAGCUCACCCAGGCCGCCAGCAGUGCCGUUCAGGCCACGGCCGCCCAGUCGGAGCAGGCCCAGGUCCAGACGGAAGCUCUGGCCCAGAAGCAGCAGGAGCUGAUUGCCCUGCGCUCGCAGGUGGGCUCGCUGACGGAUGCCCAGGCCCAGCAGCAGAAGCAGGCCGCCGCUUUGCAGUCGCAACUCCAGGAGGCGCAACAGCGGGCCGAGCAGCUGCAGGCCAAGGAGCAGCAGCUGCAGCAGGAGCUCCAGGAGCAGCGGGAGAAGAAUAAUGACGUGCGUAUGAAAAAUUGGAAGUUGAUCGAGGCGUUGCAAAAUGCCGAAGCAUCAACAGCUAAGGCAACGGCUAAGACGAAAACAAAUACAGUGCAAUCCGUAGGCCAACAACACAAAGAGCUGCAGCAGCAGCAACAAAAGGCAGUGGCCGCCAAUGGAGGCGGAAGUGCCAGCUCAGCCAAGAGCGAGCAGCAGAGGAUCCGCGACCUCUACCAGCGCCUGUAUCCCGAUGCAGUGAAAGCGCAGUCGGGCAAUGCACUGCAGGCAUCCUUUGACCAGUGGCUGGAACAGGUCCUGUCCACCCAUGUCAAGCAGCAGCAGGAUGUGCUGCGGCAGAAGCUCGAGGCGGAGAAGGCAGAGAAACAGAGCAGCAGUAGUCAUAAGUCCACACAAUCAAACAACAGUAGCAGUAGCAACCACAAUAGCACCCACAACAAUAUUAGUAGCAAUAAUAGUAGUUCGAAUAGCCAAUCCUCCUCCGCCGCCGAGCAGCAGGAGCUGCAUAAACAGAUCCUGCAGCUGCGCGAGUGCAACGACAAGCUCACCCAGCUGGUCACCAAGACGACCAACACGCUGAUGGACUUGGAGGAGCGUGCUCGCGAGCAGGACGAGCACUGGCGUGGCAUCGUCGACCAGAAAGAGCAGCAGAUCCUUAUGCUGCAGCAGCAUGCCUCCAACGGAGAACAGGACAUUUAAUGUCUUAGAGACAGAAGAUGAAAGGAAAGGAGGAAAGGAAGGGAGGCCAACAACGACGAUAAACUGACAAGCAUCCGCAGAGUUUGUCCAACUUCCAUUACAACAGCAACAGUAAAAAACAAACAGUUCUAACAAUUUAUUAAGUUUAAAGUUAAAGUAACAGGAUAAGGGCGAGGAAAAUUAUGUAAACUUAAAGCAUGCCCCACAACAACAACAACAGCAACAUUAAACAUUUUAUAGUAGCGAAAAGCAACAAUUAUAAGAAUGAAGAACUACGGAACGCUUUAAGAAAUUAUACACACAUAACUAAAGCAAGAUAAUGAUAACAAUCGAAACUUGUGCAAUGUUAAACGAGAAGAAAAGAAGAAGCGCUAGCAAAGGAAAAGUCAGACUCUGUACACAGAAGCAGGCAAUUUCCACCCAAGCCCUACCGCAAAAAAAAAACUAAAAGCAACCCGGAAGAACAGUAACAAAAUCCAUUGCUGCUGCUACUUUAUAAUUAUUAUUUAUCCAAUACUUCGCAUGCAGUUAUUAUUAUUUGUGUUACACUUGCAUUUAAAAAAGCGCUAUAAACAAUUGUAUAUGUAUCUUAUGUUAAGCAAAUGAAUUUAAAACCCAUCUACUUAAAAGGAGAAACCACAAAAAUAAAACAAACUAAAUAGUAUGAGUGUAUGAACACGUAUGUUUUGUAUGUUUUCCAUAAUUGUUUUCCGUUUCUAUGUACUUUUAAUUUUCCGCCGCGGAGCAGCGUAAAGUAUUUAAACACAAGAAAAGUAAACGGCAGCAGCAACAAUUAAUUAAGCGUAUAUAAACAAGAAAAUAACUAUUUUUAUAUAAAACUGAAUGAGAAACUAUCUUAUAAGUAAACGCAAAUUAAACUCACGAAUGCUAACUAGCAAUUAAUUGUCGGGAACCUGUUGCAUGCGACAUACUGAGAAAUUAACAAAUUAAUUAGAAACCAACAAAUUCAAGUCCAUCAGCGACCACAACAAACACAAAAGAAUGAGCUGCAUUGUAAGGAUUUAUGAUGUUUAAUUUACGAUAAAUGAGAAUUAAAUAUAUACACACACAUAUGAGAAA